GCGGGGCCGCGGGGCCGGGGCGCCAUGGGCAACCUGUUCGGCCGCAAGAAGCCGAGCCGGGUCACCGAGCAAGACAAGGCCGUCCUGCAACUGAAGCAGCAGCGGGACAAGCUGAAGCAGUACCAGAAGAGGAUCACCCAGCAGCUGGAGCGGGAGCGCGAGAUCGCCAGGCAGCUCCUGCGGGACGGGAAGAAGGAACGGGCCAAGCUGCUGCUCAAGAAGAAGCGGUACCGGGAGCAGCUUCUGGACAAGACAGAAAACCAAAUCACCAGCCUGGAAACGAUGGUCCAGAGCAUUGAGUUCACCCAGAUUGAAAUGAAGGUGGUCGAAGGGCUGCAGAUUGGAAAUGAGUGUCUGAAAAAGAUGCACCAGGUGAUGUCCAUAGAAGAAGUGGAGCGGAUACUGGAGGAGACCCAGGAGGCUGUGGAGUACCAGCGGCAAAUAGAUGAGCUGUUGGCAGGAAGCUUCACUCAGGAAGAUGAAGAUGCCAUCCUGGAGGAGCUGAAUGCAAUCACUCAGGAGCAGAUAGAGCUCCCAGAGGUCCCUUCAGAGCCGCUUCCCGAAAAGAAACCAGAGCGAGUCCCCCGCGAGGCCAGGCCCAAGCAGGUGGAACUGGUGGCAGCCUCGUAACUUGGCCUCCUCUUCUGGGACUGGCGGGGACUCCCCAGAGACUGGGGCCCACAGAGUUUGGGUGCGUGGCCAGCCCUGACCCGGCUCCCAGGAGGCCGGCUCCAGGCCAGGCCGGUCAGGUGCUGACGGAGCAGCGUGGCACACACAGGGCUCCAUUCCAGGGUGACUCUGCGGAGGAGCGCUUCCCUGGCGCUGCUGUCUUGCUCUCAUUUGUGGAUUCAAUGGCAACAUUCAGAACCUCCGGCCACACGCGGCCUCUGACGCUGUGGCUCCCAUGCGGCCACAGGCGGGCCCAGUGCGCCUGGUGCUGGCCACACUCCUGUCCCCGGCCCCGCGAGGCUCCACGGCCGCCUUCUCCGCAGCUUGCUCUCUUCUUGGAGGGCGCGACGAACCUAGCUUCCUUGCCCGCCCUUUCCUCACUUCUUGCUGCUGCCGUUGGCUGGCGGCGGCUUCCGUUAGGGAGUCCCUGCCGUGGCCUGGCUUCCUGACCUGCCCGGUCUCCGUGUUGGUUCAGGGCUGGAAACCUCUCCUCCUCUGUGUCAGUGUUCGGGGGCAUUGGGUCAGCGAGGAGGGGGACCACCCCUGCUGGCUUGGUGGCUGCAGAGCCCUGACCAGCCCUCAUCACCAGCGGGAGCUCAGCCCCACUGCAAAGGGACGUUCCUGGAGAGCCGGCGGUCUCCCAGGGCUUCCCGGAGGUGCUGACGGGCCCGCUCGGGCGGGUGCGCCCCCGUUGCCUGGGAAGCUGCCGGGCACCCGGGGCUCUCCGACCGGGCGGAUGCUGUAGGGGUGGUCGCGGCUCUCUAUCUGACGGUUCAUCUUGAUAUUAGACAAUCCCGAUGACAUCUCCCUCCCGACAAGAACAGAAAGGGGAUCCUCCCAGCUCCCCAACAGGUCAGCCCCAUAUUAAAGUUGAUGCCUGCAUGGUC